GCAAGAUCAAAGACUUGAAGCUUUAGGUCCUUUAGGUCAGCCAUGCCGCCUGCACCUGCCCGCUUCGUCAACCCCAUCCCCAACCCAGCCCGGUAUCAGAAGUACAACAGUGUCACCUUGGAGUCCUUGUGCGAGGCAUCUUACCAUGGCCACAUCGAGAAACUGGAGGUGUUACUGAAAAGUGGUGAUGCAGACCAGAUCUUCAAUGGUGAUGUGAACUUGCACCUCACUGAAGUGAACGCACUGCACAUGGCGGCUAUGGCCGGCCAGGAAGCAGCCGUCAAGUUGUUGCUGGAAGCCAAGGCCGAUCCCCAUGUUCGUUGCGUCGUGCCUGAAGGCAAGGAUCCCAAGAGUGGCGAGACGGCGCGAGAGAAGGCUGCAAAGUUUAAGCACCAGAGCAUUGUCAGCUUAUUGAAAUCAGCUGAGGAGAAGACUCCACCUGGCUGGUAUCAAGCUGAUGGGAUCGGGAACAAUCGGAAGCUCUAUUCUGAACCCAAGCCGGUGGCGACACCGAAGCCUGAAGCACAGGCGGAGAAAGCACAGAAGGAGGCACCCAAGGCAAAGGAGACACCAAAGGCGAAAGAAGCACCAAAGACAGCAAAGGAGGAAUCCUUGCCAGUUGCACUUCUCUUCCCUGGUCAAGGCUCCCAGUAUGUCAAAAUGCUUGAUGGUGUGAAAGAUGUGCCUGAGGUAAAGGAAAUGCUUUCAAAAGCCAAGACAAUCUUGGGCUAUGACCUCUUGGAGAUGUGUUUGAAAGGACCUGAAGACAAAUUGGCCGAGACCCAGUACUGCCAACCGGCUAUGUUUGUGGGAGGUUUGGCUGGGAUUUCCAAGCUCAAGUCCUCGAACGCGGCAGCCGCCAGCCAGCCUCGUUGUAUGGCUGGCCUGUCCUUGGGCGAGUACACGGCUCUGUGUGCGGCUGGAGUUCUGACCUUCGAGGACGGGCUCCGACUCGUGAAGCUUCGAGGGGAGGCCAUGCAGGAAGCUGCCCAGGUGGGAAAGCAGGCCAUGCUCUCCGUGGCGGGUUUGGACCAAGCAGUUUUGGAGCAAUGCUGCUCGGAUGCUGAGAAGAAAGCGGGUGCUGGUAGUGUGUGCCGCAUUGCAAAUGCACUCUUCCCCAAGGGCUUCUCGUGUGCUGGGACGGAGCAGGCAGUGAACGAGUUGAAAACCUUGGCUGAAAAGAAAGGAGCGUUGCAAGCAAAGAUGCUCAAGACUGGUGGGGCGUUCCAUACAUCAUUGAUGCAGCCUGCCCAAGAGAAGUUGGAAAAAGCACUGCUCGAGGCCUUUCCAAAGAUGAGUCCUCCAAGCUGUGAUGUUUACAUGAACGUGACAGGUGACCGCCUAGCAGCCGGCACUGACCCGAAGAUCAUCCUGGAAUUGCUCCAAAGACAGCUGACCUCACCAGUUCUUUGGGCUACUUUGGUCCAGAAGAUGAUCAAGGAUGGCAUCACCGACUUCUAUGAAUGUGGACCCCAGAAGCAGUUGAAAGCCAUGAUGAAGCGGAUUGACAACAAGGUCUGGAACAAGACCCAGAGCAUGGAAGUUUGAAUUGUUGAAGUUGUUUGCGGGCUCUUUCCAGGCCUCUAGGCCAAAGGCCUCAUUCUGUGAAAGUAGUUUAGGAGAGAACAGCAGGCUAUUAUUCCCAGCCCGCAUUCAUUUUUCCCACAGCCACGAUUUGAGCGGGUGGCUGCUGCAAAA